UCUCACACUCGCACACAACUAUGGGGGAGAUAUAUUUUUUACCUUUUACAAACUCUAUAAAAAAAUUUCGUUUCUUAUAAUUAAGAAAAUAAAAUAUUACAAUUUUGUUUUUCUCCAAUCCUUUAUAGUUUGUUUGAUUUAGCCUCUUUCCUUUAUGUUUUUCACUUCAUCUUCCUAAUUAACCUUUCUCCCCAACUUCCCUGUUCUUCUUUCUCCUAUAAAUAUAUUCAGAUAGUAUUCUCUGAAUCCAUCUCUCAAAACAACACCGUUCAAGAUCAAAUAAAUAAACCAUGUUGGUUAUCCACUCAGUUUUUAGCGUUUAAGGUUUCUUGGGCCGGGGAGGGAGAAAAGAUGGAGACCUUUUGUGGGUUUCAGAAGGAAGAAGAGCAGAUGGAUCUUCCUCCAGGGUUCAGAUUUCAUCCAACAGAUGAAGAACUCAUAACUCAAUACCUCCACAAGAAGGUUCUUGACAUCAGCUUCUCAGCUAAGGCUAUUGGUGAAGUUGACUUCAAUAAGUCUGAGCCAUGGGAGUUACCUUGGAUGGCAAAAAUGGGUGAGAAAGAAUGGUACUUCUUCUGUGUGAGGGACAAAAAGUAUCCAACCGGUUUGAGGACUAACCGGGCUACUGAAGCCGGUUAUUGGAAGGCGACAGGGAAGGAUAAGGAGAUUUACCGGGGUAAAACCCUUGUUGGGAUGAAGAAAACACUUGUAUUCUACAGAGGAAGAGCUCCUAAAGGUCAGAAAACCAAUUGGGUGAUGCAUGAGUAUAGGCUUGAAGGCAAACUCUCUGCCCAUAAUUUACCUAAAACCGCAAAGAAUGAAUGGGUGAUAUGCAGAGUGUUCCAGAAGACUGCUGGAGGGAAGAAUAUCCCUAUUUCAAGUCUAAUCCGGAUUGGUUCACUCGGAACCGGUUUUAAUCCUUCUCCUUUGUCCCAUUUAACCGAUGAUUCGAGUUACAAUGAUAAAACCAAAACAGAACCGGUUUACGUGCCCUGCUUCUCCAACCAAACUGAUCAACUCCAAGGAAACACAUUCAACUGCUUUAGCAGUCCUGUUUUCAACUCGACCCAAGCCGACAUUUUCCACAGGCUUCCACUCUACCAAAGCUCGAUGCUCGCUCAAGAGCGUUCGGCUCUACAGGCUAUGAUUGAUAAUAACACAAGGCAGAGUCUCAAAGCGAUGAGUGUCUCACAAGAAACCGCAGUUUCUACUGACAUGAAUGAUACUUCGUCGGAUUUUGAAUAUGGUAAGAGACGACUCAAUGCUCAAGAAGACCCAUCUUUCUCCACUGGACUGGUUGAUCUUGAACCUUUCUGGAAUUACUGAAGAUAGCUAAGAGUCUCAUGUCCACUGAUUUACUGUCGUCUGUCAUGAAAGAAAGUAAGAAAACUUUUUCACCUUAUAGUUUGGUGUGUUAAAGUCUGUAUAGAUUAUUAAAAAGGUUUACAUCCCCUUAAUAUUAAAAUAAGAUCAUUUUUAGAGACUAA